UUGUAGAAUUGACUAUUUAUUUAAUUAUUUGUUAUGUAUUUUCAGUAGUUGUAGGCGUUCUUUUCUUGUUUUCUUUCUAAAGAGCGGCAGCUCCGGCGCAAAUGCGCCCUUUUGGACAAUGUAGUCCAACUAUUACACAUUCUUACACCGUUCUAAUGCCAAGAGCCUACACUUCCCAGCGUUCCUCGGGGACGCUGCGCUCCGUUGUUUUCCCAGCUCAGACGCGGCUAGUUCAAGUUGCCAUAGCAGAAUGAAGCAAGGAGACUCUUCUGUUACUUAUCAGUGCUGAAAGAAAGUCCACCGGCUCCGUCUUUACAGUACAUUUCUCGCAUUAUUAAUUUACCUCAUUAUUUUUUUAUCUAAUCGUUUUGACGUUUUAUCCUAGGGUUUAAUUUGUAGGCGAACGUUUGGUUAGCUAGGCGGCUAACGUUCCCUGUAGUUUCCACUUGUUGCUAACCAGCCGGAGCAUCCUUCACAACAAUGAGCUGGACUGCGGUUUACGGGCUCAAGCGCAGUUUCAGCCGUCGUCACUUAGUCGGAUAGCACUGAGUCUUAGCUUAAAACUAAAAUGACAAAGCGUAAGUGUAGUUUUCCGACGUCAUGUGUUUGGUCAGUAAAAAAAAAAAGAAAAGUUCUCAACUAUCCCACCCUGCCGAUUAACGUUAGAGCGAACAGUUGGCGUUUCUAGUUGUGGUCGCUUUGCUCGUCGCUUUACGCGGUCCGCUGGAUAUGUCUCAAGCCAUGGACACGUCCAGCGAGUCAGAGUCGUACGGAAGGAAGGUGCGGGGACACAGGGCGCGGGGCCGUGAGACCCACCGCAGGUCCAUACGGGACAGAAGACAUGUCAGCGGGGGCAGAGAAGACGGGCGAGCCGCGGUGAUCUCGGACAAAAUCAGCACCCUCGCCGACACCUUGCAGGACACGAGUAGGAACCUGACCAAAGUUGACAAAAUGUUGGGUCAGUACAGGGAUCACGCAGAUGAUCAAGCUGAAGCCAUGACACUGCUCAGGGAGAGCUUAGAGGAUUCAAUCAAUCAGCUGCAGACACGGAGGCUGAGCAGGACCAACGGGGUCCGCAGUUCCUCCGUCUCUUCCCUCCACAACAGUGACCUUGAGGCCUACUCAGGGUCAGAGGAGAAGCGCUUCCAUCCCACCUCCCCGCUCAAGGAUUAUGACGGCAGCCCCAAAGGCAGGAGGAGGUCUCAGUCUGCUGGCGUUCGCUUCAAGGAUUCCACCCAGGCAGCAGACAUUCAUUCGGUGCACCAGACCCUGCGGGACCUGUGCUCCGACCAGCAGAGGCUGUCUGAUGACCUGGAUAGAGAAAUCCUGCGGAGGAACAGGUCGGACAUCGACACCAGGCGGGCGAUGGAGAACCUGUCGGAACACGUGACGGUUUCCCAGAGGCAGGACUCGGUGUCAUCCCGUGUGGAGCGACGUCUGCAGGAGCUGGAGAGAGAGAUGAACGUCGAGAGAGAGAGGAGGGCGGAGUGGCAGGCGGCUGGGGACGACGACCAGCAGGAGAAUUUAGGGAGGUGCCAAGUUCGACCCGAUGAGAGGGAAGAAGCCUUGACGGCGAGAUUUGCGCGAGCAGAGAGGGAGAAGUCCAAGAUGGAGCAGGAGCUGGGCAGAGCCAGGAGGUUACUGGAGCAGUCGGAGGACAGCAAGGAGUCCCUCGUUCAGCAGGUAGAAAACAUGCGUGGCGAGCUGCUGAGGACGAGGGCAGAGAAGACGGCGGUUCACCGGCCGCCAACGGAGACGUCUCAGCUCGGCACCCAGCUGUGUUCCAGCCACUCCGAGCGAGAAGGAGGAAGAGAUUACAGUGAGCUGGAAAAAGAGGUGGCUGAGCUGCGGGCGCAGCUCCUCAAGGCCUCUGUCCGGAGCGAGGUGGAAGAGCUGAGGAGGACCCUGGAGAGUAAGGAGAGAGAGAAUCUGCGACUCAGUUUACAGGUCAAGGAGUUCUCAUCUGACAUGGAGGGGCGGGAAGAGCAGCAUCUGCGAAUUCUGGACCAGCUGAAAAGCCUGCAGAGCCGCGGGCAGACAGAGAGGAGGGAGAUGGAGGCCUUGGUGCUGGAGAGCACGAGGAGCAAAAACGAGCUGAAGACCAGGGCCCAAGAAGCGGUGCGCCAGUGGAGGGCGAAGUGCAGGAGGCUGCAGAAGGAGCUGGAGGAUGCUGAGGUUCAAGGUCGACUCCAUGAAGAGAAGGCCCUGCAGGUCUCCAGGGAGAAGGAGAGCUCCCAGGCCCAGCUGAAGGCGCUGAGCCAGCAGGCCGAGGCGUCCCGCAGGGAGCUGGGCGAGGCCCUCGGCCGUUUGUCCCAGCGCGAGGAGGAGCUCCACCGUAAGGGCGUGGAGCUGUCGGAGGCCCACCAGAGGCAACUGGCGCUGCAGCAGGAGAUCCGAGAGGUGAAGGAGGCCUCAGCCGCCUUGCAGCAGGAGUCUCAGCGUCAGACCUCCACCAUUGCGAGACUGAGAGAAGAGAACCACAUACUGGAGGAACAAGCUGAUGUUCAAGCCCGCCGCCUUCAGAGGGACCAGGAGGCUAAGGCCGAGGUCCAGACCACCUUAAAGCAGAUGACCGCCGCGCACGCCCAGCUGUCCCUGCGACUGGCCGAUGAGGAGAACGCCCGGAAGGACGUGCAGAGGGCCACAACGGAGCUGCAGGCCAAGCUGACGCUGCUACAGGAGGAGCGCGCCACUCUGAGCCAGCAGCUGCAGCUGGAGCGAGAGGUCCAUCAGAAGGAACUGAAUAACAUGGCAGUGACAGUCAAAGACGACCGGACCAGGAAGGAUCGGGAAGUGCAGGAAAUGCUCAGACUCUGCCGACAGGAAAAUGAUGAACUGACUACACAACUAAGAGAAGUUAAGGCGGACGCAGCGUCAGACAAGGAGCUCCGCGUGGCGCUGCACAUCAAGUUGGACAAGAUGAAGGAUGAGUGUGAUAAGCUGGUGGCGCAGCUGCACACUAAAGACGGCGCACAUUCUCUUCUGCAGAGAAAAUACCAGCAACUCAAGCAGGAACUAAAAGACAAAGUGAGCGUUGAUGAGCAGAGACGUGUUUCCGAGUCUGAGCUUUUGAGGCUGGAGACGAAGAUUGUGACGAUGGAAGCAGACCGAGAGACGGUCCUCGCUUCCCUCGGGGAGGAACUGGAUGAAGUCUGUCGGGGCCUGGCGAGGAACGGACAAGACAAACUGCAGGCGAUCUCCCAGAGACCCGGAUUAGUGAAGGAUCCGCAUCUUUGGCUUGCUGAGACAAAGACCAAGCUGCGCUGGCUGAGCGAGGAAGUGCGAGAGCGCGACACGAAGGAGCGGCGGCUGAGGAAGCAGCAUCAGCAGACCAGAGACGAGCUGAAAGUUCUCAGGCAGAGCCGCGACUCGGAGCAGGAAACCCUCCUGCAGCGCAUGGACCAGCAGGAGAAGCUGCUGCUCUCCCUCAGCACGGAGAAGAAAGACUCCUCCAGCUGAUCUCUCUAACACGGCUGAGUCAGACUCGCAUCUUUCUGUCUGCUCACACCAUCUGUAUGAGCGGUAAUCCCUUUAAUUGGACGCUUUUUGGCACUGUUUUGUUUUCAUGGACGCUUACAAAGAUGCCUGCCUGUGCCCUCAUGUGAACUUAGUUUUAUCUUUCUUACUGUUUUUAUCCGUCUGUAUCCUUGACAUUAUAAAUGUUUUAGAAAGCAUCUUAAUGAUUUUGUAUUGGAGUUCUUUUUUGCCUACAGCCUCUAUUUUUUUUUCUUUCUUUCUUGCUUUCUUUUCAUCUUAUUUUUUUCUUUUCUUUUUGAUUUUUCCCUUUCUUGUUUUCUUUCGCUAUGAUGCGUUUCAUUAAGAAGAGAAGAGGAGUUUAAAGACAGGGAGACAGGUAGAGUUGGGGAGCAAUUAUGAAAACAGUCAUGUCACUUUUUUAUGGUGUUUUGUAGCAAAAUUAUAAACAUCGAAUAAAUAGGCUAAAUUAAAGAAACCCUAUGCAUGGUGCCUCUUGUCGUACAGACGGUAAUUAAACGCAUGCUGUUUACAACUACAGAACAUAUGCUUCUAAUAAUAAAAAAAAUGGCUGAAAGAUGCUGUGUUUAACAUAAUCUCUGUGCAAAGCUUGGUUUAAAGAUGAGAUUACCUCUCUUGUAUACUGCUGUCAUGUAUAGUUAAGGUCAAACAUAUGUUAGAUUUCUUUUUUCUUUUUUUAGGUUUUAUAUUUCAAUGUUAACACUGAAGAUUCUUGUUUUAUUCUUCUCAUAAACACAGAAUUUUGUAGUUUGACCCGACUUCGUACCUCAAAUCAUUCUAAAACUAAAGUAAUCUUCAUAAAGAACAUUUAUUAAACUGCAGCAAAAAUCCAUAUACAACAUUUAAUAAUGGGAUCCAAUAGGCAUUUGUUGAAAGUAAAUACAUUCACACACACACAUUCUUACAUUUGUUUUUUCCUUGACUCGAUAUUAUCCCCCUUCUCCGCAGAGAAACAGUACUUUUAUUGGCUUCUAGCAGCAAUCUGUCUGUUUUGUACAGUUCCUAUUCAUUCGCCUCUUCACUUGAAAGCCACUCUGCCCUGCAUGCAGAGAUAAGAGCGGUUCUGGUGUUGUGGAACCCAGCACGGCUUUCAGGUAAAAUGGGACUGAGCUUGAGUCAGCAAAGAUUGCAGUAGGCCACUAUGACUAUCAUCCUCCAGCUGGUUCCAGGCCUGAUUAAAACAGACUCGUACUAUGGAGGCUCCAGAAAGUUGUUCCACAGUAAAAAAUUAUCUUUUUGACUUUAGUCUUUUUUUUUGUUUCUGUACAAUUGGCUGUGGCCAGAUUUGUUACAGGAAGAAAACAUUCAUCUUCAGGAUUUUAUAUAUUUAUGAGACAUAAACUGAUGUAAGCUGUCACAUAAAUGAUAUAAUAUUGCUGGAGGCAGGAAGAAUCUCCGGUAGCAGUCAGUCUUACAACAAAUCUGAAGAAGCCUCUGACUGAAGACUGUUACUCUAUGAUUUGUGACUAUCAUCACAUGCUAACUAAUUAUCAUUGAUAUUCUUUAUAACUUACUUUAUAGUUAUGAGUUCUGUUUUGUUGCGAUCUGUCUGAAAAAAUGUGUUUCUGAUUACACACUUGGGACUUUGUAUCGAUUUCCAUUCAUUUUAAUAAGUGCAUUUAUGUCUAACACUAACAGUAUAUUUCUAAGCUUAACCUAAACUUGAUUCACGUCAUACCUCUAAACCAGGGGUGCUCAAAGUCGGUCCUCGAAGGCCGGCAUCCUGCAUGUUUUAGGUUUCUUCCUGGU